UCGAGCAGUGUUUGAGAGCACAGUGGCCACGGUGCUGGCUCUGCGCAGGGAGAAGAUGUUUGUGGCAGAGGUGUUCACGGGCCAGGAGUGUGGAGUGGUGCUGGACAGGACCUGUUUCUACGCCGAGCAAGGAGGGCAGACCUACGACGAAGGCUACCUGGUGAAGGCUGACGACAGCAGUGAAGACAAAACCGAGUUCACAGUGAAGAACGUGCAGGUGCGAGGAGGGUACGUGCUGCACGUCGGGACCAUCUACGGCCACUUGAAAGUGGGGGACCAGGUCCGGCUGUUCAUUGACGAGGUGAGCUCUCUGUGCUGGCACCCACUGGAGCGGAUUUCGCUCAACUCCUCCCUUGGCUCCCCGUGGAAUUAUACGCAGAGUGCAGGAGUCGAUUCCGGUGCGUUCUGUGGGGUGCAGCCGUGUGUUCAAUCUGUACGUUCCCAAGUCAGUAUUCGCCGUGAGUUGAGCUGAGACCCUACAGACUUG